AUAUCUCUAUAUCAGGUAUAAACGGCACAACCACUCGUUCAAAUCAAGCAGUGCAAUUAAAGUUGCAAUCGCGCUUAAAUUCUUAUUCCACGAUCAUUGAUUGCAUUGUAACCGACCGCGUAACAGAUGAUAUUCCAUCCUCUAACGUGAAACGAACAGCUUUCGAAAUACCGCGAAAUAUUGAACUCGCCGAUCCCAAUUUUCAUAUUGCGUCUAAAAUUGACAUAUUGAUCGGUGCAGACACAUUCUGGAACCUCAUAUGCGUAGGACAGAUCAAACCUUCACAAAAGCAUCCGACAUUGCAAAAAACCAGAUUAGGCUGGAUUCUAGCGGGUCGUUUAAACAAUUCCGUAAUGAACUCGCGAAACAUGCAAUCUUUUCACGCUUCUCUCAGCAAUUCCGAAUUAAACGAGCAGUUAAGUAAAUUCUGGCAGCUAGACGAGAUUCACUACAAAUCAAAUAGCUAUACUCUCGAAGAGAGUUUUUGCGUAAAACAUUUCUUAGAAAAUGUAUCGACAAACGAACAGGGUAGAUACAUAGUCAAAUUACCGUUAAAGGAAGAAUUAAUUGUUAGUAUCGGCAAUUCGAGAAAUAUCGCAUUAAGUCGUUUGCAGGGAUUAGAAAGACGCUUCGUCCGUGAUCCCCAUCUCAAGAAACGUUAUUCGGAUUUCAUCGAUGAAUAUCUUACAUUAGGUCACAUGAAACCGAUAGUAGAACAAUCUUCUAACGAAUCCGGAGCCUAUUACUUGCCUCAUCAUUGCGUGUUAAAAGAGUCUGCUAAAAGUACAAAACUUCGCGUCGUAUUUGACGGAUCAUGCAAAACUGAUACCGGCAUAUCCUUAAACGAUUCUAUGAUGAUAGGACCGGUCGUUCAAGAAGACCUUAUGUCUAUACUCAUGCGCUUUCGUAUUUACAUAUACGUAAUAGUAGCCGACAUAAUUAAAAUGUACAGACAAAUAUUGCUGCAUCCUUCGCAGACGAAACUGCAACGUAUUCUUUGGCGUCUCAUGUCCGAUCUAGAUGUUAAGAUCUAUGAAUUACUUACUGUUACAUACGGUACUGCAGCUGCUUCUUUCCUCGCUACAAUGUGCCUUAAGCACCUAGCGGAGAAAUACGCCCACGUCUUUCCCAUAGGUUCGUUGCAUGUUAUACGUAACUUCUACGGCGACGACUUACUUACGGGAGCUAAUACAAUAUCAGAAGCGAUGGUCAUUAGAGAUCAAGUAGUACAAUUACUAAAACUAGCUUCUUUUGAACUUAGUAAAUGGGGAUCUAAUUGUCCCGAAUUAUUGAAUGGCGUGAGCGAUCAAAGCGAGGGUCUCGUACCGUUUGAUAAAGAUUCUGAUUUCCGUAUUUUAGGCAUCCUUUGGGAUCGAGAUGACGAUACAUUUCGUUUUUCGUACAAGCCUAGUCAACAACCUAACGUCGUAACUAAACGUUCGAUAUUAUCUGAAGUGUCAAGAUUAUUUGAUCCAUUAGGGCUACUUGGUCCGAUAAUUGUAAUCGCGAAAUUAAUAAUACAAGAUUUAUGGAUUUCGAAAGUAUAUUGGGAUGAAUCGAUUCAGCAAGACUCUCAUACAAAAUGGCUAAGACUUAAAUUACAACUUCCUUGUUUGAAUCAGUUUCAUAUUCCUCGUUGCGUCGGUAAUUUCGCUAAUCCAAAAUCCACACAAAUUCAUGGCUUUUGCGAUGCUAGCCAACGCGCUUACGGUGCGUGCGUUUACAUUCGCAUGAAAGUUGGUCAUCAAAGAUACCAGUCAAACCUACUUUGCUCCAAAUCUCGUGUCGCACCACUUAAAGCAGUAACAUUGCCGCGACUCGAAUUGCAAGCAGCACUAUUGUUGUCGCAGUUAGUUGAUAAAAUUAGAUCAUCAAUCGAUUUAACAGACGUAGAAGUAUUCUUGUCAUCAGAUUCCAAAAUAACUUUAAAUUGGAUAGCUUCUCCAUCGCGCAAAUGGUCGACAUUCGUAGUUAACCGAGUUGGGGAAAUUCAACGAUUAACUGACAUAAGCAGUUGGCGCUACGUCGCUUCAUGCAAUAAUCCAGCAGACAUUCUAUCCAGAGGAUCAUUUCCUGACGAUCUAAUAGACUCGCACAUGUGGUGGCACGGCCCAUCAUUCUUACUAGAGCCAGACGGCCAUUGGCCAAGCGGGGAAUACAAUUCCUUUGAUGGCGAGAUUCCUGAACAAAGGGUCGUUUGCACAGCUGUUGUAUCCAUUGACUGCGAAGUUAUCGACGACUUGCUCAACAAGUUUUCCAGUGUUAAUAAAAUAUGUCGAAUCUUAGCUUAUUGUUCUAGAUUCACCAAGCCUCAAGAUUCUAUUUCACAAUCCAUCGAGAUUUCUCCAAAGGAGAUUAUAAAUUCUUUAAACAUCAUAUGCAAGGUUGUUCAAAUGAAAGCCUUUAUUAACGAGUAUCAUGCGUUAAAAAAUCAAAACGACAUUAGCAAAUCUAGUUGUAUCCUUUCACUAUCUCCAUUCAUGAGUGAAGACGGCUUAAUCCGAGUCGGUGGAAGACUGAAAAACUCAGCUCUAUCAUUCGACGCUUGUCAUCAAAUAGUCCUUCCUCGAAAUCACAUUUUAACGAAGCGUAUAAUAGAAUUUGAGCAUCAACGUAAUAUGCAUUCUCCUUUGCAAGCUACUAUGGCUGCAGUUAGGCAACGGUUUUGGCCGCUAUCAUUGCGAUCAUCCACUCGUAAAAUCAUUAACAAUUGCGUAAUAUGCUUUAAGGCUAAGCCGAUCUUUUCCGAAACAAUAAUGGGUUCUCUGCCCGCACCAAGAGUUAACGUAUCGCGGCCAUUCUCGCACUGUGGAGUCGACUACGCCGGACCUGUGACUUUACGUGAGGGUAAACGCCGAAACUCUCGUAAUCAUAAGGCUUAUAUAGCAGUUUUCGUAUGUUUCGCCACCAAGGCACUACAUUUAGAACUUGUGAGCGACCUCACUACUGACGCCUUUAUCUCAUCACUCAAAAGAUUAAUAUCGCGACGGGGCAAACCCGAACGAAUGUACUCCGACAACGCGACUACGUUCGUUGGAGCACAAAGACAAAUUAAGGAAUUCUAUGAUUUUCUUAAAACCGAACAAGCGCAGAACUCCAUAGAGCAUUUCUUACGCGAUCAACAAACCGAGUGGCAUUUCAUUCCUCCUAACGCUCCCCACUUUGGGGGCUUAUGGGAAGCUGCAGUUAAAUCCGCCAAGUUCCAUCUCACUCGUAUUGUUGGCACAGCCAACCUAACCUUUGAAGAAAUGUCAACCGUAUUGUGCGAAAUCGAAGCUAUUUUAAAUUCGAGACCUCUCGUCCCUUUAACUUCGGAUCCUAACGACUUAGGCUACUUAAGUCCAGGGCAUUUUCUGGUUGGCUCUCCGUUAAACAGUUUUCCUGCCCGCAAUUUAACAGAUGUUAACACGAAUAAACUGUUGCGAUGGCAAGUAGUAGAACAAAUGCGACAGCAUUUUUGGCAUAGGUGGAGCAGCGAAUAUCUUAACUCAUUACAGGAAAGACAUAAGUGGAAGAUGUCAAAGGGUCAACAAUUGAAACUUGACCAGUUAGUUUUAAUAAAGCAACAAGGCGUAGCUCCAUUGCAAUGGAUAACUGGUCGAAUAGAAGACAUACAUCUAGGUUCCGAUGGAUUAGCGCGUUCAGCGAAGGUCAGAACCUCGAAAGGAUCUUAUGUUAGACCGCUUUCAAAGUUAGCAAUAUUACCGAUAUAA